GCAUUAACGAGGUCUGAGAGACAGCAGAAUAAAUAUGCCAGUUUAGUUUUAGAAGAUUUAUAACGCGUAACGUUAAGCAGGAUUACGCUAUCCACAAAUGUUUUACUUUGUGAAUUUAUUUAUGAAGUUUUCGGAUUUUCGAAAUUAAAAUAGUGGCAGCCAAAGAAUGUAUGUAUGACCUAUUCAGUCUGAGAGAAAUUAAGCAUAUUUAUUCUAAAACAAGUCGUAGAAAAACAUUCCUUAUACUACUUUUGUUUUAGACAGCCAAAAAAGAAAUGCCCCUAAAAAGAGAAUGUUCAUUCAGGCGUGGACGACCAGGACAUACACCAAAGAAACACCCCCCACCUAACAAAUGUAAGGCGUGUUGUCGGAGGUUCACGACAUUUUUAUUUUCUCACGUGGGCUUAUGUGCGUUGGUGGUUGGGUACAGCAUCAUGGGGGCUUUCACCUUCAGGGCACUGGAGGCUCCUCACGAGGAGGAGCAGGCUGGUCAAGUGACCGAAAUGAGAGAAGAAAUGGUAAAACGACUUUGGGAAAUAACUUAUAGCUUGAACAUUCUUUACAAAGAAAACUGGACCCACACAGUGGCAGCUGAGAUUCGUCAGUUUCAAUCAGUUUUAAUUUCCCACGUGCGAGAUGGUUAUGAUGGUAAGGGAACCAGUCAACAGUGGUCAUUCUCUGGGGCUUUCUUGUAUUCUUUAACCGUCAUUACCACCAUAGGUUACGGAAACAUCGCUCCCAAGACCUAUUGGGGAAAACUAGUGACCAUCGUGUACGCCAUCAUCGGCAUUCCUUUAAUGUUUCUUUAUCUAACCAACAUCGGGGACUUGCUAGCUAAGACUUUCAAGUACAUCUAUGGGUGGUUGUGUGAUUGUAAACCGAAUGAAGACAAACGUCGACGCCGACAUCCUGAGCACUAUCGAGUUCAUCACAUCGUUCUCCACGACACGACACCAAAUACCCACAAUUCUCUGAACCCAAAUUUUCCCAGUAAGUUUGGUGGACCUCUCCCAGAUGAAAUCAAGAUGGAAGCCCUGCCGGAAGAAAUCUCAGAAGAAAAGGAUUAUGGGAAACAAAGAGUCAAUGUACCAGUUACGUUAUGCUUAGCACUGAUUACAGGGUACAUCUGUGGGGGCGCUUUUCUGUUUUCGCUCUGGGAAGGGUGGGACUAUCUAGAUGGCGCUUACUUCUGCUUCGUCACACUGAGUACUGUUGGGUUUGGGGAUCUGGUUCCUGGUGACACUGUCGUUUCAGAUGCUGAAGGAUCUCAGCAAACGUUGGUCAUUUGCUCAUUUUAUUUGCUUGGAGGCAUGGCUUUAAUCGCCAUGUGCUUCAAUCUUGUACAGGAGGAGGUCAUCCGUAAAUUACGGAGCUUUGGUAGAAAACUUGGAAUAAUACGAGAAAGAGAAGACACGCAAGCAUGAGUCAAAGGCCGAAUUGAUGGAUCAUGUGUGAACAAACAGACUCAAGGAAAGAGGCUAAGGACUUGAUCGAAAAGUCAAAUAAGGUCGUUUAAUUUGGGAUCAAGAUUUAGAAUUGUAAUGAAAGGGGGAACAAGCAACAAAAAAAGAUUGGGAGCAUGAGUAAAAAUCUUAAGACUCAAGAGACACGCAGGAAUGAGUCUUGGGUUGAGGUUUAGAACUGGAAGACAUGCGUAAAUAAAUCUAAACGGAGACUAAAUAAUCUUACAAAAAUGGGUCUAGAAAGGGACUAAAGGUUCUUAUAGAACUGUAAAGAAACACAGUAAAGAUCUGUUGAGGAAGAUUUGAACCGUGGAAAUCAAAACUGAAAAAUAGGUACAAGAUUAUGAAAAGGCGGAUUAAAGCUAUUUGAGAUCGAAGAUAAGCAAAAGAGUUUGAGGAGUAGAAGAGCUAGAAAUGUAUGAAACCGGAAGAGAGACACAAUAAUAUAAGGAGGAAGAAGAAAAUUAGAUCAGUAUGAAACCGAAAUGAGAGGUACAAGAACAAUAUGAACCCAUAAGAGAACCGCAAGAGUUUGGGGAGGAGGAUUAGAAGUAUAACUGUCCACCUGAGAUUUUGAUAAUUUAUCAAAUUAUCAACUUUAAAAUUUUGUAGGAAAAUUAUUUUGGAAAAUGAUAACAGUAUAAUAAUUAUGAAUUUAAAGUUCAGUUUAUUUAAUAACAAUACUUUAGCUAUGACUUGAACACUUUGUUUCUUGUAUAAUUGCGCUCCAGUCUUGAGAUCCACUUUUAAUUUGCUCUGUAUUUUUACUUUUCUUAGAAGUUGAACCUAUAGGUUCUUUUAUAUCUGUAUUCUACUCAUGAGUUGAUCUAAUAAUUUCCUAUAUCACCAUACUUCAUACCAUGUCUUGAGCUUUUAGUUUCAUGUAUACCUACAAUCUAGUCAUGAGGUAAUUUAACAAUUUUCUAUGUUACUGUAUUUUAACUAUGACUUGAGCUAUAAAUGUGCUCUAAUCAUGAGGAAAAUGUUAGAUUUAUUAUUUUACCAUACUUUAACUAUGACUUUUAGCUUCACGUAUAACUAACUAUACUCUACUCAUGAGUUGAUCUAAUAGUUUCCAAAUCGCCGUACUUUAACUAUGACUUGACCUUUUAGUUUCACGUAUAACUAUACUCUACUCGUGAGCUGACCUAAUAGUGUCCAAAUCGCCGUACUUUAACUAUGAGUUGAACUUUUAGUUUCAUGUAUAACUGUGUUUUUACUCAUGAGUUGACCUAAUACUUUCCUAUACUGCCGUACUUUAACUAUGAGUUGAACUUCUAGUUUCAUGUAUAACUGUGUUCUUACUCAUGAAUUGACCUAAUACAACUUUUUGUUACCGUGGUUUAUGUAUGAGUUGAGUAUUUAUUUUUCAUAUAUAACUGUACUCUACUCAUGAGUUGAUCUAAUAGUUUCCUAUGUUACCCUGCUUUAACUAUUAGUUGAGUUUGUAUUUCCCUGUACAAUUGUUCUCUGUGUUUACUGUCUUACCACAUUUCAAGAAAAAGUAUUUCACAGCAGAGGUAAAGUUUGUAUAAAUCGACUUAGAUGUGACUGUACACAACCAGACUUGACUAAUACGUACUAACCCACAUUUUCUCAUAGUGAAGAAGGUGUCUGUCUUCUAGUGUUGGUUAACGACAAUAUAUUAAUGCUUCAGUGAAAUUCAGACAUCAUUGUGCCUUACACAGUAAUGUAGUUUCUAUCAAAUAGUAGCUGUUUCCAUAGUCACUUGUAGCACUUUCACUGAGAGAACUUCAACAGAAUAAAAUCAAUUAUAAAAAUUUAACCGUAACAAGGUUAUAACGUAUUUAGUAUUAACCCUUAUUGCAUGUGAAGAAAGUAUCAGUAUAGAAGCCAUAACGUCGUCCAUUUUUCAUUCAACAGAUGAUUGUAGUCCGUUAAUGUUCUCAAACCUAUCUAUGUAUACUCCACUAAAGUUUCGCUCUUACGACAUUAGUCAGAGUUGGAAGGAAGUCAAGGCAUACGACAGGGUCAUAUGUUCAGCAAAUAAUGGAAACAGCAUUAGUCAGGGUUGAAAGGAAGUCAAGGCAUACAUACGACAGGGUCAUAUGUUCAGCAUAUAAUGGAAACAGCAUUAGUCAGGGUUGAAAGGAAGUCAAGGCAUACAUACGAUAGGGUCAUGUGUUCAGCAUACAAUGGAAACAACAUUAGCCAGAGUUGAAAGGAAGUCAAGGCAUACGGCAGGGUCAUGUUUUCGGUGUGCAGUGGAAAUACUUGAGUAAUUGUAAGUUUUAAAUUACCUACUUUUGUUUCAGAAUUAUUUUUCAAAUCUUCAAAUGAUCAGGAGAUAGGAGAGUUAUUACUUCAAUUGCAAAGUUGAAAAUGAUCCCAUAUGAUACUCACUUAGCUUUACUCGGAUUGUCCCUUUUUCUUGUAAGUUGUUAUAUCUAGAUACUUCUUGUUUCAAGAACCCGGCGGUAGCAUCUGCUUUCUAUUAAGAAAUAAAGUACAGACGAGACACAAAGCUAGUUGAUCAUAACAAAAGAACGGUGACUGACUGAUAUUUGAAUGAUGAAAAAGUAAUGGUGAAAGUUAAUGCUGUCUAACAUAAAUCUGUUCUGAAAUGAUGUUGUCUUAAGGGAGAACAGACACUACUUCAACAAAGAAAAUAAUUUACUAGUACCUCAUCGAUUUAUUAUUCAAACCCUUGCUAACAAACAUAUAUCUAAUAUAACGCUAUACGUAAAACACAGAAAGUGAUUUCAAUCAGGUUUAGGACUUACUGGGUAGUGACGUUUAAAACCGAAACAAAUAGUCUCAAUAACGUUAACACGAAAGCCAGGUUUGUUGUUUUCUGCUUAUGUGUCAUGGGUUCUCCGAAAUAUUAAGGAAGAAUGACGUGUUAUAGUUGCUCCUAAAGUUAAGGAUACUUUCUUCCUUCAACAAUGAUUUAUCACACCUACAUAUUAUAUACAGAAUUCCAUAACUUAUAUACCGAGCUCUAGUUACGUAUUCCAUUUCCCUUUUGUACUGUAAUAACUCCACUUUACAUUUUACCGGGUACAAUCUAACAGCGAUUUUACAAGAAACUGCACUUUGCAACUGCGAGAAACAACAAGAACAAAAUAAAACUACGUUUUAUUAAUGUGAACAGCAUCGCCAGCUACGUGCGUAAUGUUUCCUAAGUCUGCAAUUUUCAAGCCCCUAACACGUGUUCGUUAAUGCUAUUUGUAAUGUAAAACAAGCCGAAAUGGUUAUAUGUGAGAUAAAGACGUUUUCAAAAAUCAGUUAACAUCCAAAGAGUGGACCGUGAACAUAAUCACGCUUCGGAGAAAAAGAAUAUUCUAUUUUGUACUCCUUUGAAUAAUCUUUGUUUCCAGCCUUAGAGACUUUCCGUGGUCAUGUAGUCUGGGAUGGGAUUUGUUAUUGUUCUGUGUAGUCUACAUAAUCAUUAGAUUCUAGUCGAUGAAGAUCCGUCUUUAAUAAUUUUAGUUAUUGGUCCAGAAAUUUACGUAGUCAUCAAAUCAUUCGGAUAAUGAUGGACAGUCUCUAAGUUCUUUAUCGUGCCUCAGUUUGUUAUUACUUUGUGGGUUUUUUAUAGUCAUGGUGAUGUGGGACUGUUUAUAAAUACUUUAUCUCUUCUCGUUUUUUUUAUUAUUCUCUGGAAUUCACGUAGUCAUUUUGUCUCUCUGUGAAGAGGGUCUAUCUCUGAAUUUGUUAUCUCUCUUCGAUUUGUUUUUACUCUUUGUAGUUCAUAAAGUUAGGUAAUCUCUUGGUCAUGAGGGUGUGUGACUAAGAUCCUUAUUCCUCCUCGGUUUGUUGCCUUAUGUAAAUUAUAUAAUCAUAUAGUCUCUUGGUGAUGAAAGGCUGUAGUUAACAUCUUAAUCUCUUCUUGGUUUGUUAUUAAACUAUAUAGUCAUAUAGUCUCUUGGUGAUGAAAGGCUGUAGUUAACAUCUUAAUCUCUUCUUGGUUUGUUAUU